AGGUUCAAGACAACUCUGUUGUAGAAGAAAUAUGACAAAAACAGAGCUAUGUUAUUUAUUUUUGGUUCUUGUUGUUGCAGAGCCUGCAAUAGCUGGUUCACCAGUGAAGUUUCUUCCAGGUUUUAAAGGACCCCUUCCUUUUCAACUUGAAACUGGGUAUGUAGGAGUUGGUGAUUCAGAAGAUGUGCAAUUAUUCUAUUAUUUUAUAGAGUCGGAGUCUGGAUAUCCAGACUCCGACCCUCUAAUGCUUUGGAUCACUGGAGGACCUGGUUGCUCUGCUCUAUCUGGCCUUAUCUAUGAGAUUGGACCAAUAACAUUUGGGGCAGUGGAAUACAAUGGGAGUUUGCCUACAAUGAUACUGAAUCCUUACUCAUGGACAAAGGUGUCAAGUAUUAUUUUCUUAGACUUACCGGUAGGAACUGGUUUUUCCUACGCGACAACUCCAGCAGCUCUACAAACAUCUGAUUUACAAACAAGUGAUCAUGCAUAUCAGUUCCUUCGCAAGUGGUUUGUAGAUCAUCCAACAUUUCUAAAGAAUCCAUUAUACAUUGGUGGAGACUCGUACUCGGGGAUGGUUGUUCCCAUUAUUAGUCAAAUUAUUGCCAGUAAUAAUGAAAUGGAAAUCAAACCAUUUAUCAAUCUCAAGGGAUAUUUACUCGGAAAUCCAUCGACAUUUGAAGGUGAAAACAAUUAUGAGAUUCCAUUUGCUUAUGGAAUGGGACUUAUUUCUGAUGAACUCUAUGAGUCUUUGAAUACCAAUUGUAAAGGAGAAUACAUUAAUAUAAAUCCAAGCAAUUUAUUGUGUUUGCAAGAUGUUCAAACUUUUAAAGAGCUUCUUAGAGGAAUUAAUAAACCCCAUAUUUUGGAGCCCAAAUGUAAGCGCUUUUCGCCAAGGCCACACCAAUUGUUUGGCGAAAGAAGAUCUCUUAAUGAGAAGUUACAUCAACUUAACAAUCUUAUAAAAUGUCGAAAUAAUUGGUACAAACAUUCUUAUCAUUGGGCUGAUGAUGAUCAAGUUAGAGACGCCCUCAACAUCCGGAAGGGGACUAUCGGAAAAUGGGAGAGAUGUGCAACUUUGAAAUUCCAAAAGAUAGUCACUAAUAGCAUACCAUAUCAUGAAAACCUCAGUAGCAAAGGUUACAGAUCUCUUAUAUACAGUGGAGAUCAUGACAAGAUUGUCACCUUUCGAUCAACUCAAGCAUGGAUAAAAUCUCUUAACUAUUCAAUUGUCGAUGAUUGGCGAGCUUGGACUGUUGACAAUCAAGUUGCCGGUUACACAAGAAGUUACUCAAAUCAGAUGACAUUUGCAACAGUGAAGGGAGCAGGGCAUACUGCACCAGAAUAUAAGCCUCGUGAAUGUCUGGCCAUGCUCACAAGGUGGAUUUUAAAUUUGCCUCUCAACUUUUUAACCCUGCAAGUACAAGCUGCUGCAACUGUCAAAUUUCUUCCUGGAUUUGACGGUCCUCUUCCUUUUCAUCUCGAAACUGGGUAUGUAGGUGUGGGUAAAGAAGAGAAACACCAGCUAUUUUAUUAUUUUAUUAAAUCAGAAUCAGACCCUGGAAAUGAUCCUCUUAUAUUGUGGCUCACUGGAGGACCUGGUUGCUCUUCUUUCAAUGGAGUUGUCUAUGAAAUUGGACCAUUAUAUUACAAACAAAAAAAGUAUAAUGGAAGUCUACCAACACUUGGAGUGACUCCAAACUCAUGGACCAAGGUUGCAAAUAUAAUUUUCUUGGAGCAACCUGUAAAUACUGGAUUUUCAUAUGCAACAACACCAGAAGCAAUGCAUGUUAUUGAUGUUGAUGCAUGUACCCACGUCUAUCAAUUUUUACUUAAGUGGCUCGUUGAUCAUCCAGAAUUCAGUUCAAAUAAUUUUUAUUUGGGUGGAGAUUCAUAUUCUGGUAUCGUUGUUCCACGUGUUGUCCAACUAAUAUCAGAUGGAAUUGAAGCAGGCAACAAGCCUUUGGUUAACCUUAAGGGUUAUUUACUUGGAAACCCUUUAACAUUUCCUGAAGAAAAAAAUUUUAUGAUUCCAUUUCUUGUUGGCAUGGCAAUCAUUCCUAUUGAACUUUAUCAGUCAAUGAUGCAAAAUUGCAAAGGAGAAUACAGAAAGGAGUUUGCUCCCACUAAUGCUCAAUGCAGCCAAGAUCUAAAUAUUGUGGAUGAGCUGUCGAACAAUAUUAAUGAUCAACAUGUUUUAGAUCCCCUGUGUGGAUCAGAAACAGAAUUGAAAAGCCCAUUUCCAUCUAAAUUUAGAGGGAGUAGAAGAUCUAUUCAAGAGAAUGCCAUCUCACCCAGCUGUUAUGGAAAGCUUGUUGAUAGACACGAACUUUCAAAUUAUUGGGCAAAUGACCCUCGAGUCCAGAAAGCUCUCCAUGUUCGAAAGGGAACUAUAGAUCACUGGGCAAGAUGCAAGCAAAAUGGUAUUAAAAAAUACUAUACAUUUACCUCUAUGGACAGUAUUUCAUAUCAUAGAAAUCAUAGCGCUAAAGGUUAUCGAUCACUUAUAUACAGUGGUGAUCAUGACAUGGGUGUACCAUUCCAAUCUACAGAAGCAUGGAUUAAAUCAUUAAAUUAUUCAAUUGUUGAUAAUUGGCGUCAAUGGAUCGUUAAUGGUCAAGUUGCCGGAUACACAAGAUCAUAUGCCAAUAAGAUGACAUAUGCAACUGUAAAGGGAGCUGGACAUGUAGCUCCUGAGUACAAAAGGGAAGAGUGCUUUAAUAUGUUCAAAAGAUGGAUAUCUCAUAAUCCUUUAUAGAGAUUAUUAUUGAAGUUAUGAGCCAAUAAUUGACGUUGGAAUCUGCUUUUAAACAGAAUCGAGAUUUUAUCAAAAAUAAUUAUUUUAUUUUCGUAUGAUAGGAAUAGGGUCUAUGGAAAUAUUAUUCUUUUUAACUCUUAAUUACAUGUUGUUUUACUAUUAUUGAGACAUAAUUAUUA